AUGGUCCCCAAGGUUGGAAUCAACGGUUUCGGUCGUAUUGGCCGCAUUGUCUUCCGCAAUGCCAUCAACGACGGCUCUGUCGACGUUGUCGCCGUCAACGACCCCUUCAUUGAGGUCCACUAUGCUGCCUACAUGCUCCGCUAUGACAGUACCCACGGCCAGUUCAAGGGCACCAUCGAGGUCAACGGCACCGAGGGUCUGAUCGUCAACGGCAAGAAGAUCAGCUUCUUCGCCGAGCGUGACCCCUCUGCCAUCCCUUGGGGUAAGGUUGGCGCUGACUACGUCGUCGAGUCCACCGGUGUCUUCACCACCACUGAGAAGGCCUCUGCCCACCUGAAGGGUGGCGCCAAGAAGGUUAUUAUCUCCGCUCCCUCCGCUGAUGCCCCCAUGUUCGUCAUGGGUGUCAACAAUGACUCCUACACCAAGGACGUCAUCAACGACAAGUACGGUCUCGUUGAGGGUCUGAUGACCACUGUCCACUCCUACACUGCGACCCAGAAGACCGUCGACGGCCCCUCUUCUAAGGACUGGCGUGGUGGCCGUACUGCGGCUCAGAACAUCAUCCCCUCCUCCACCGGUGCCGCCAAGGCUGUCGGCAAGGUCAUUCCUUCCCUCAACGGCAAGCUCACCGGCAUGUCCAUGCGUGUCCCCACCGCCAACGUCUCCGUCGUUGACCUUACCUGCCGCAUCGAGAAGGCUGCCACCUACGAUGAGAUCAAGGCCACCAUCAAGGCUGCCUCCGAGAACGAGCUCAAGGGCAUCCUCGGCUACACUGAGGACGACAUCGUCUCCUCUGACUUGAACGGUGAUGACCACUCCUCUAUCUUCGAUGCCAAGGCCGGUAUCGCCCUGAACUCCAACUUCAUCAAGCUCGUGUCCUGGUACGACAACGAGUGGGGUUACUCUCACCGUGUUGUCGACCUGAUCGCCUACAUUGCCAAGGUUGAUGCUCAGUAG